CAAAAUAUUUGAGGAAAGGAAAUAAUUCAUUUCCCUAGGAGGUCCAACUGUGUGUUUUUUCAGAGUUCCUACACCCCGGCCCAGAAAAGCAGACAUAAUCGGAUGUGUGUGCGUAUUUUCUGCGAGGUGCGUCAGCAUUUUAUCAACUUCUCAAAAGUGUCAGUGGCCCUGAGAAGUUCAAAUUCCCGGCACUAGAUUGUCUUUGGGAGUCCCUUUCAGCUCUCAAUGUACCGUAAUCCCACGAAUCUUUGCUCUUGUAACCUAGCCUGUUUUGAAACCCCUUCUUCCACACAUCUAGGACUGCCAUCCAAGUGAUGCUCUGCGAAGCGGGCUAAGCUGUGGAAGUUCCCCCUGGACCCGGGGCUGGGGAAGGGCAUGAACAGCGCAGCUCCCCGAGUCCGCUCACCACUCCUUACACAGGCAGCGGGGCUGGGGCAGCUCCAAGUGCGCCGAGAAGUGUAAUCCCUCCGCUAAGUACUUGGCUCUCAGUCUCCAAUCACUAGUGGGAGCUGGAGAGGGCAAGUGAAAAAAAAAAAAAAAAAAAAAUCCAGAGGCAGCCGAGGAGCGAGAGGAAAAAAAAAAAAAGUCCCGCGGCGGCGGCAGAGCGGCCGCGGCGGCCAGAAGUUGACGGUGCGGCGGGAGCGGGGCGCGGGGCGCGGAGUUGGCGUGGGGCCUGCGCGGGGCGCCCGGACAGUUGGGGGGCCGCGGGGACAGCGGCGCUCAGGACGCCGGUGCCGGGAGCUGAGCGGCGGCAACAACACUAUCCAGCUGGUUUUUGUGGGAGAGCCAGGCACGCGGCAGCCUGUGAAAGCCAGCGACCAGAAAACCACUGCCUACGUGAAACACGACCGUAUCUUCACAGGGCUAUCGAGGACCAGGCUCCAUUCAGCCCUCUUAAAAGGGUCAAAGGUUCAGACUUUUGCUGAAUCACAACCCUUCACCGCUGAGCAAUGACAAGAGAGGAAACAAAAAGUUAAAGGAGCAAGCCUGCCAUAAGUGAGGAGCAAACUUACUUGAUAACAUGCUUUUGCGAAGUUCAGGAAAGUUAAAUGUGGGCACCAAGAAAGAGGAUGGUGAGAGUACAGCCCCCACCCCUCGUCCAAAGAUCUUGCGUUGCAAAUGUCACCACCAUUGUCCAGAAGACUCAGUCAACAAUAUUUGCAGCACAGAUGGAUAUUGUUUCACAAUGAUAGAAGAAGAUGAUUCUGGGAUGCCUGUGGUCACUUCUGGAUGCCUAGGACUAGAAGGCUCAGAUUUUCAGUGCCGGGACACCCCCAUUCCUCAUCAGAGAAGAUCCAUUGAGUGCUGCACAGAGCGGAACGAGUGUAACAAAGACCUGCACCCUACGCUGCCUCCACUGAAGAGUAGAGAUUUUGUUGAUGGACCUAUACACCACAAGGCCUUACUUAUAUCUGUAACUGUCUGUAGUUUGCUAUUGGUCCUUAUUAUUUUAUUCUGUUACUUCAGGUAUAAAAGACAAGAAACCAGGCCUCGGUACAGCAUUGGGUUAGAACAGGACGAAACGUACAUUCCUCCUGGAGAAUCCCUGAGAGACUUAAUUGAGCAGUCUCAAAGCUCAGGAAGUGGAUCAGGCCUCCCUCUGCUGGUCCAAAGGACUAUAGCUAAGCAGAUUCAGAUGGUGAAACAGAUUGGAAAAGGUCGCUAUGGGGAAGUUUGGAUGGGAAAGUGGCGUGGCGAAAAGGUAGCUGUGAAAGUGUUCUUCACCACGGAGGAGGCCAGCUGGUUCCGAGAGACAGAAAUAUAUCAGACAGUGUUGAUGAGGCAUGAAAACAUUUUGGGGUUCAUUGCUGCAGAUAUCAAAGGGACAGGGUCUUGGACCCAGUUGUACCUAAUUACAGACUAUCAUGAAAACGGUUCCCUCUAUGACUAUCUGAAGUCUACCACUCUAGAUACAAAAUCAAUGCUGAAGUUAGCCUAUUCUGCUGUCAGUGGCUUAUGUCAUUUACACACUGAAAUCUUUAGUACCCAAGGCAAACCGGCAAUCGCCCACCGAGAUCUGAAAAGUAAGAACAUCCUGGUGAAGAAAAACGGAACGUGCUGUAUAGCUGACCUGGGCCUAGCCGUCAAAUUUAUUAGUGAUACCAAUGAAGUUGACAUACCACCCAACACCCGAGUUGGCACCAAACGCUAUAUGCCCCCAGAAGUGUUGGACGAGAGCUUAAAUAGAAAUCACUUUCAGUCUUACAUUAUGGCCGACAUGUACAGUUUUGGACUCAUCCUCUGGGAGGUUGCUAGGAGAUGUGUAUCAGGAGGUAUAGUGGAAGAAUACCAGCUUCCCUAUCACGAUCUGGUGCCCAGUGACCCCUCUUACGAGGACAUGAGAGAGAUCGUGUGCAUCAAGAAGCUACGUCCCUCAUUCCCCAACCGGUGGAGCAGUGAUGAGUGUCUGAGGCAGAUGGGAAAGCUCAUGAUGGAAUGCUGGGCUCACAAUCCUGCAUCACGACUGACUGCCCUGCGCGUCAAGAAAACACUAGCCAAAAUGUCAGAGUCCCAGGACAUUAAACUCUGAUUUGAGGGGAAAAAACAAGCAUCUCUUGAGAAAGCCAGUAGAUACUCUUCUGUUUGUGGGCAGAGCAAAAGAUGUUCCAGAAGCAUCCACAGUACAAGCCUUGAACACCAUCCUGCUUCCCAGUGGGUUCAGCCUCACCUCUCAGGGAGCAGCCUGGACAAAGAGAAGUUCCCAUAAACACGUUCUUACCGUGUCUGUUUGUAGGAGGGAGAAACCGCUUGGGUAACUUGUUCAAGAUAUGACGCGUGUUGCUUUCUAAGAAAGCCCUGUAUUUUGGGAUUGCCCUUUUUUUUUCUUCAAAAGAUGCUUUAAUUUUGCCAAAAUAGAACAAAUAAUGUAGAUGUUUUAAGGUUUUUACUAUUAUAGUUUAAUAACAACAAAAGGUCUUCCCAGAAAUUCUGCCGGAAGGCAAGUUUUAAAAUACCUUUUUCCAUUAGUAUAAUUUUGUUGCACUCUUCAAACCAAGAGACAGUCUGUGAAGUUGGAGAACACAGAGUGGAACUCCUCUGAAAAUCUCCCCGGUUCUGCCUCCUCAGACCACUUUGGCCAGCCCUGAAUUUAGGGGCCGCCACAGCAAUGUGAAUGCACCUGGGUACAGAUGCCACCUGUCUGGGACCUUGUUUGGGGGUUCCUGCAGGUGACCCUUCGUAGCUUCAGGCAAUAUGGAACAAAUGAAGGUUUCAUGUGACUCUCUGAGAAGUAGUAAGUGUUGAUGCUUUUCUUUAGAACCACUUUGUGUUUCUGGUUCUUUUAAGGCGUUUCUGUCACGGUAAAAUCCUUUCCUUUUCAUUAAACACAAACAGAGCUGUUUUUAGGUGCAGAGAACUGACCCAUGCAUGUUUUUGAUCUCUCAAACGAAAGGAUCAAUAUUACAUAAAAUUGCCAUCAGUUUUGUUGUAAACAAGCCUCUUUAAAAUAGAGCUAAUUUUGCUCCUGUUUGUAAGAAAAAUAUGUCAGUAAGGUAGAAGAUGAGGCUUGGGGGUGCAAAUGGCUUGUCUCUUAUCUGUGCAGGAAAGCCCGCCUUAGAAGCACAAGGGAAAGUAUGCCUGUCUUAUUUUAUAUAUAGAUAAUGACAGUUUCUUUUUGUUAUUGUCUGUCUCUUUUGUGUCUGAGUGAAGGGAAGGAGAGAAAGCAUGUCAUAUUAAUUUAACUAAAUUUUAAUUUAAAAGUAGAAAUAUAACCUCCAGAGGGGACAGCAGAAGAGAGCAAGUGGAGGGCACAAAAUAUUAUGGCUGCUGUGAUUUAUUAUUCUGAGAUAUGGAUUGAGCAUACUCACCCUAAAUGAUAAUUUCACGUCUUAAGAGUGCUGACUCAGUUUAUUUUAUUUUCAUGACGUUCAGUUCACUUGUUAAUUAAUUUAUUUAUUUUUCUUCUCUGUGGCACUUGUGCAAAGCAUCUCCUCACCUACUCGGCUCUGUGGGGUUUGAACUUUUGAGGAACGUGAGUCAGAUCAUUGACAGGGCCAAUAUUCCUCAGCAACAGGAACAUAAAGCUUAAAAUUGUGCACACCCCUCUCACCUGUAUCCGUCUACGUUUCCUUACUGUGGUUUUCUUUUGUUUCUUAGAGAUUCUGCAGUGUUUAGUAAAGAAUUGGGGAAGUACUUCUUGGUCUUUUUAAACACGACGUUCCUUCCAGAAUACUCCAGGGGGCAGUGUUUUAUAACACAUUUUCACCAGUUGGUGCCUGAAGGAUGGAGGGUGUUUGAAAAUGUGACAGCUGCAUGAAAAAUGAGAAAAUAUUCUCCUCACUUCUGGAGUAGGCCUGCAGCUGGUGACUUGUUCAACCUGAAAACGUCUUAGAGCACAGAGUGGUUGUGAGCUGUGCUUACAGUUUGGGAGAACAUCAGGAGAGAGUGUUCUGUAGUCAGCAUUCUCUUCCCAGUGCUUUAGAGCCGCGUUUUGUGUGUAACGAAGAUUUUCUUAACCCUUGAAUAGGAACAAUGUUUGUUUCUGCCAGAUUAAAAACACUUGUUUCCAAAUAGAAUUGUAAUCAGAAGGCUGCUUUUAGUGAGAUUAAAAUCACCUGAAUCGCAACCCAAAGGUUCCUUUCCCUUGGGUCACAUUGUAUCCCCUGUGAUAGCUUGGAAGGAAUGUGUGCGUACAAUGAAGUGUGAUAAUCAUCUGAGCCUUGGAGAGAAACUUCAGUGCCUCUAAAUUAGAUAAUCUACAAACAAAUAAGCAAACAUUGAUGCCCGUUGAGUGGGGACGCAGUUGUGUUUCUUGAUUUUCCCUAAAUUUAAGCAAGGUUGGGCUUACCUCUUAGAUAAAAAUGUGUGUUAUUUUUGGUAAAUUUUUAUACAUAGGUAACUUCAAUCAAAAUACUUUGUGGGGAGGUGAUGAUUUGAAAGUAAACUAGAUUUGUAGGGGGGACUUGGUUCCAAUGAAGAAUGGGAAGAAAUUAAAAUAAUAUCCAAAUUUCUUCUAUAUUAUUUGUUUAGUUGUUUUGGAAAAAUCUAUAGCUUGCUUUCUAAUCCUCAACCUGAUUUACUCACUAUGAACAUUUAAAAAUUAUUCUUGAUAUAUUUAAAAAGACCCAUUUAGUUGUUAGUGUCUUUCAAUGAGAUAGGCAUUUAUUUAUGAGUAGAUUUUUCUUUGUAUCUUACCCAAACCCACCUUAUUUAGGGAAUACUAAAUUGUUCUUAAAGGGACUACCUACUCACUUCCAAAUCAUACUUUCUGAUUUUUAAAUUUUUAGUAGCUCAGAAGUGAAUUUUGUUUUCUUUUGUCUUUCAAUAGAAUAAGUGGGAACCUGAAAAUUACUGUAGUCAGUUGUUUCUUUCAAGACUAUUUCAAAGACUAAGAUUUUCUUCUAAUCACUCCCUCCCCUCCAAGGGAAUCCUAAAAUAUUAGUUGCUAGCUAAUGUGAGUUUUGUAUGCUAAGAUGUUCAGGUUUAUAGUUUAUGUAUGUGUGUAUAUAGUAUAUAAAUAUAUAUGUAUAUAUAAAUAUUAUGUUCAGUUUGGAGUCUGGCACAACUCCAUUAUGUGGAUUAGAGAGUAAAAUAUUAUGGAUGAUAAAGUACUAAAUGAAACAUAAUAUUUAUUUAUGAAAGCAUGUAGUUGGUUAAGUCACAAGUGACAGUGCUAUGAACGUCGUGUAUGAGGAGACAGGGCUUGGCCUUGCCAGACAGCACUGCUCACAGGCCACUAGAGACUGUUCUGUUUAUUCUUCAAACAUAAAGCUUCUUAGAAAACAUGCCAAGAUUUUGUUUCCAGGGAAUUCCUUGACACAUUUCGAUUGUUGUGUACUCAGGUACAGGAAAUACUGAAUAACGACAGAAUUUCGUGUUCCUAGAGUCAUGCAUAGUCAUUAGACGUUACGGAGGUUUACCCCGUUGGUCUGUUCUGGUUCCUCUUUGUUUGUGAGCGGGAAGGCACUGAAGGCAAUUUUUUUUUUUAAACUUGAAUAGUUCUGCAGUUAUAUCUCUUUAGAAAACUCGGUCGCAUAGCAGUGGAAAUGAAAGAAGUGGCAUCAGAAGUGGUUUAAUUUAGCAAUUAUGAUUCCUCUUGUAAAACAAAACAAAGAACAAUGCCAUAUUUUUUGGAGAAAAGUUGGCAAUAUAUAAGGGGUUUUGUUGUCUGUCUGUUUCAAAAGAAGAUUCAUUUGUGUUCUUUUGGGGAACCAGUGCCUUAUUGAAUUUGUAUAUACUGUAAUUAUUCAGGACUAGGGAACAAACAAUUGUAUUUGUUACAAAUUGUAUAUGGCUUUGUUUUAACAUUCCCCCCUCCCCCACCCCCACCCCCCCCACUGAAAUAAAAUGGAUUCUUUAUCCCCUUGGAAAGAACA